AUGUCUUCCUUGACCGGUUUCGUGUUCUUACACAUGUUCAUCACCACGGUUCACGGGCUAGUCCCUCCUUCUCCAAACUUAGCCAUCAGUGUCCCAUCAUCUUCGACAUCAUCAACUCUUGAUCUUCUCAACUUAUCAAGCUCGGCUAAUAAUCUACAACUUGUCAACACCACCGCCAAUGAGAACAUCAAAUGCGAUGGGAAGUAUUGGGGGUAUCAUCUGAACAAGGCGAGCUGUGAAGAGGCUUGGAAUCAAAUGCCUACGGAUAACCAGUUCGUCUCUUUCGGCGCGCGACGAAUGGGCCACUUUGAGCGUCCCUUGCCGUAUCGUUACCUCAGCGAUGAUGGUCUCUGUGCUAUCGAUAUCGAUCAUAUGAUUAAGGUGGUUUUGGACACUGCAACGAACCACGAAAUCUCGGCGGCCGCGAAAUCGAUCCUGGAUAAAUGUGUUUUAAGAGAUGAACCCAAAAAGCAAGGUAACACUCCAAUCGGUGGCUAUCGCAAUUACAUAGGUAGAAAGAAGGGACUCGGUAUCUCAGUCUCCUCCUACAGUCCGCAUGUAAAAUGCACGCUGGACUCGGAACUGGAGGACGAGACAAUUUGCACUAAACUGUUGGGAACCAUGCCGAUCAAUCGAUCGUCCUAUGUCUUUAUCAGGGAGAAAACCAGCUGGGCCAAGAAGCGUGAUUAUUCCGUGGGGUGGCAGGAAAAUAUCAAGCGGAACGUGCACUGCAACCAUCGACUUCGAGGAGGGGGACACGGACAAGAGCUCUUGGUACGAGAUGUGGAUGGCAGCUGUGGCUGUCAAUGA